AUGGCCUUCUUCCAGCACCUCUUGCCUGGCAUCGCCCUGCUGGCUCUUCUCUCUUGGGCCAGUGCCUCCGCUCAUCUCCAUCCACCCAGUCAGCACGGUCUCUCCAUCAACGACGUGCCAUGGCACCGACGUGAGCAUUGGAUGCGCGUCGCAAACGAAGCUACGUACGCGGACGGUGAGCCGUGCCCGCAAGCGCCCUUUGGCAGUGCCAUUGUCAACACGACGAGCGACGAGCUCAUCUGCGUGGCCGCCAACGCGGUGGGCAGGACCGGCGACCCGACCAUGCACGGCGAGAUGACGGCCAUCCGUGCGUGCCACGAGGUGCUCUCGAAGCGCGGCCUGUCUCCGCCCGAGAUCCUGAGGGCGUGGCGCGACUUUUCUCUCUACACCAACGGCGAGCCCUGUCCGAUGUGCAUGUCGGCCAUCCGCUGGGCCGGCUUCAAGGAGAUCGUGUAUGGUACGAGCAUCGAGACCAUCGCCAAGGGGGGGCGUAACCAGAUCUACAUACCCUCGAGCGACAUCUUGGCCAAGUCGUAUUCGAUGGGCCACAUGACGCUGAUGUUGGGCGGCAUCCUCGCAAAUGAGACUGAUCCCUUCUUCGCACACCAAUUCAACGAGUCAGCCCCGUGUCCCGCGGGAUGUCAGCGCAAAGACACACCCGGGAAGCGCGUCAGCUCCUGCCAGCCGAAGCCCGAGUGGAGAGAGAUUAUACAGCAACGUGAGCCAGAAGAACUUCUCGACAGCGGCAGGGCAUACCGCGAGCCAUCGCCGGUCAACACGUUCUGGCCGUGGCAGCGUUUGUCUUGA